CUGAUGUUUGGAUUAUCCGACCGCAACCGGAGCCUCGUUGAGCUGCGAGUGUGGCUACAGACGGAGUUCACUCCGUCACGGAGGGGUAGGGUCGAGGGAGUGGUUUGGGAUCGGGCCUUAGUGUCAGGAACCUUGACGUAUUUUGAUCAGCACGGAACGGGUAAAGCGGGCAGUUUAAACUACCGGAUGUGACGUUGUUUAGGACAAUAACUCCCUUUUUAAGGUUGGCAUGGCUUUCUGGUGAUAAACAAAAAGUACGACAUGGAUUUGGUCUCCUGUCGGAGCUUCUUGGGUAUUUUCAUAAAUAAUUCAAAUGUUUCAACCAGUCCUUAAACGCCUGUCUAAUAAAUCAUGCUGUUAGUUGAUGCCUUCAACAACAUGCUAACUAGCCAAUAACAACUCCCAGGGCUAACGGAGUUGCUAACAGUUUUUAGCUUUCUGGGAAAUGUCUCUUAGUACAUUUUGAAGAAGAUGAAGAGGAAAGUGGCUAAACUGAGACUGAGCCCUAACGAAGAGGCUCGGAUAAUACGAGAGGAGCAUGAGAGGAGGAGGAAGCUGCGGAUUCAGCAGGUGCGGGAGCAGCAGCGGUAUAUCUCGCUACAGAUCUGCAGAGAGGUGGAGCGCAGGCGGCAGUGUGAGCUGGAGCAGCUGGAGAAGGACCUGAGGGAGGACUGGGAGCGGCAGCAGAGGGACAAACUUCACACCCUGCAGACAUUAUACCAGGAGAGCCUCCAGCUGCUCGGCCAGGGACACAUGAGUGCAAAAGAAAAUGAACCCGACUUGGAAGCCAUAGCUCAGAGGGAGGAGGAAAAUAACGUCAAAGCAGAGGAGCGUUACCGGGAAGCCAUGAAGGAGCUCAAAACACAGAGGCUUAAAGACCAUGAGGGGCAAAGCCGAUCGACCAUGGCCAGGAAGAAGGCACUACAGACAGAAAAGGAAAGAUCAGCAAAAGUGGCCAGUCUCCCUAAGCCCCCCCCACACCCAAUUCAGCAGAGCAUUGAUUUCAAGAAGCCACAUGUAGUGAAGAAAUCUGAUGUGAGUGCUUUCGCAGCCACGCAUUAUCAUAUGCCUGACAGCACAGUGGACAGAGAGGCAGACACAGAGCAGCCCAGUGCCCAUGAGGGAGCUGAGCUGGAGGUGAGGAGGCUGCAGGAUUUAAAGAAGGAGGAAAUGAGGAGGCGAGAGGAGCAGUUGGAGAAGGCUCGUCUUAGAGGGAAGCAGGCGCUGAGGAGGGAACAUCUGGAGCAGGAUCGAGAGCGCUUGCUUGUUGAACUGGAGCACAUGCAGCAGACAGACCUGCUCAGGAGGAGGCAGCAGGUUUUCCAGAUGCCUGCUCAGAUCUUCCAGCCUCUCUAUAAGAGACAGGAGACAGCAGAGGACUACCAGAGGGAGAUGGAGUUUGCCUUUGAGGACAUGUACACAGGAGAGAGGAGGGUUAAAGGAGACCUGGUGGUGCAGCUGGUUCCAGAGCCUCUGCCGGCUCUGUCCACAGGGAGCCAGGACCAGGAGCUGGACGUCACGCAGGAUGAAAUCCCCCCACAAGGAGCAGGAACCACACAAUAUGACCCCGAGCAGGAAACAUCCGUUCAAGUGGAGCCCUCCAAGCCUGCUCCUAGACAGGCGUUAAGGAAGCUCUUGGAUCGUAUCAGGAACCAGAGGAACCAUUGGACUGAGCAGAACUCUGUUCCUGCAGCCGAACCACCGACCUCCAUCACAGAUCAGAUCCCAGAGCGGGACACCACCAUCGACACAGGCUCUCUGAGCAGCGAGGAGACACACAGCCUGGAGCCUGCCCCCUCCCCACCAGAGUUGAAGACAACGGAGCCGCCAGCUGCAGCAGAAACUCAACUUCCAGAUGGACUUGCCAACAGAAUAAAACAGUUUGAAGAAGAACGAAAGAAAAGGGAUGAGGAGCUCGAGAGAGAGAAGCAGCAGCAGGUGGUUUUGCUCCAGGAGCUUGAAGAGCAGAAAGCCAAAUUGGAGCAGAUGCUGCUUGAGGCUCAGCAGGAGAGAGAAGAGCUGAAGGCUGCUGUGACCCAGGAGGCUCCUAUCAACCAACCAGAAGUACCCGUCCAUGAGCAGGAAGCCCCCUCUGUCCCUCCUGAGCUGGUGCCUCCUGCAGGUGAAGAUGAGCACGCCAGAAGGAUCAGAGAGUACCAACAGCGACUGCUGCAGCAAAACAGCCUUCACCAGAGGUCAGUGGAAGUGGCCCGUCAGCGCCUAGAGGAAUACCAGCGAGCUCUACGGAUUCGCUACAACAUGAUCCCCACAUCUUUACUGCCUGCUGCAGUGCCUCCAGGCCUCUUUCCCCCCCCUCUGCACGGUGUUCAGUCUGUGCAUCCUCCAGCUCCUCUGCAGCUCCCUACACCUCCGGCCUCGCAGGCAUACAUCCACGCCAAAGCACAAACACCUGUGGAAGUUCCCACAAGAGAGUCGGACAUGUUAGCUUCACAUUCACAACCUCCUAGCUCAAAUAUAAGCUCUGCCUCCAAGUUGAUGCCAGAUGAAGUUGAAUAUAUUUCAAGCAAUCCCAGGAACCAGAAGUUCACUGCCUGGCUGACAGACAACAUCAUGGAGAGAGUCACAGGGCAUCUCACAGAGAGAGUGAGAGCAACACGUCACUCAGCCAGCAUCACACUGCAGCCAACCUCUGAUCCAAUCCAAGGCAGUAGCUCCAUCAUCACCUCUGGUGCACCUCUGGCUCCAGUUCCAGAAACUGUUAGGCCUGUGACCCUGCCACAUUGUUCCCUACGGACCGGGUCCCUCAGCUCCACAGAGGACGACAGGAUGGAGAGGCAGAGACGAGAGCUGCAGGACGUCCAGAGACGAGAGCUGCAGGACGUCCAGAGACGAGAGCUGCAGGACGUCCAGAGACGGGAGCUGCAGGAGGUCCAGAGACGAGAGCUGCAGGAGGUCCAGAGACGAGAGCUGCAGGACGUCCAGAGACCAGAGCUGCAGGACGUCCAGAGACGAGAGCUGCAGGACGUCCAGAGACGAGAGCUGCAGGACGUCCAGAGACCAGAGCUGCAGGACGUCCAGAGACGAGAGCUGCAGGACGUCCAGAGACGAGAGCUGCAGGAUGUCCAGAGACGAGAGCUGCAGGACGUCCAGAGACGGGAGCUGCAGGACGUCCAGAGACGAGAGCUGCAGGAGGUCCAGAGACGAGAGCUGCAGGAGGUCCAGAGACCAGAGCUGCAGGACGUCCAGAGACGAGAGCUGCAGGACGUCCAGAGAAGAGAGCUGCAGGACGUCCAGAGAAGAGAGCUGCAGGACGUCCAGAGACCAGAGCUGCAGGACGUCCAGAGACCAGAGCUGCAGGACGUCCAGAGACCAGAGCUGCAGGACGUCCAGAGACGAGAGCUGCAGGAGGUCCAGAGACGAGAGCUGCAGGACGUCCAGAGACGAGAGCUGCAGGAGCUCCAGAGACGAGAGCUGCAGGACGUCCAGAGACGGGAGCUGCAGGACGUCCAGAGACGGGAGCUGCAGGACGUCCAGAGACGAGAGCUGCAGGAGCUCCAGAGACGAGAGCUGCAGGAGGUCCAGAGACGAGAGCUGCAGGAGGUCCAGAGACGAGAGCUGCAGGAGCUCCAGAGACGAGAGCUGCAGGAGCUCCAGAGACGAGAGCUGCAGGAGCUCCAGAGACGAGAGCUGCAGGAGGUCCAGAGACCAGAGCUGCAGGAGGUUCAGAGACCAGAGCUGCAGGACGUCCAGAGACCAGAGCUGCAGGACGUCCAGAGACCAGAGCUGCAGGAGGUCCAGAGACGAGAGCUGCAGGACGUCCAGAGACGGGAGCUGCAGGACGUCCAGAGACGGCUGCUGGAGCAGAGGGAGGGGGUGGCCCUGCAGCAGAGGCAGCAGGAGGAGGAGAGGCGACAACAGGAAGUGGAGAUGGAGCAGAUGAGGCGGCAAAAGGAGACGUUGCAGGCUCUCAUUCAAACUGAAGAACAACCACUCCCAGAGGCUGCCAGAGGAGUUUUGGAUUCAGAGAGCAUCAGGCAGACCCGUCUCAAGUUACUUGCCUCCCUGCUGAGAGCUAUAGAGGAGACUAACGGAGGAACUUUAUCCCACCUUGAAGACCCUCUCAUGGCUCAGAGUGAUGCUCCUGCUGCCCCAGCAUCUGCUCCCCCCCCAGGACUCCUCCCUCCUCCUCGAGCAGCAAAGCCCCCCGUGACCCGUGUCAGGCUGAGCAUCAUGGAGAUGAUGACUGAACAACAUGAGCUUAGUGCUAUUCAAGAAGUGGAGACGUCAGUCAACACCAGCCAAUCAAAAGGUCCUGAGAGUAGUGUACCAGCUCCUUCACACUCUCUGCGCUGGGAUCUACAGGAGGACUAUGAAGCGUCGGUGGUCUCUGACAGCAGUGGGCAGCAGACUGCCAGCAGCCCUGAAACAAACUCAUCAACAUCCAGCCAUAUCCUCUGGAGAGAGAGGCUGCUGGUGGGAGCAGGAACAUCUCCAGAAUCCUCAGAGUCUGAUUCUAUCCUGAGGAUCAUCUCCCCUCCUUCCUCUGACUCUGGGAGAGGAGCCGACUUCUCUGGUCCUGGAAUCACAAGCUGCAGGUCCCCCACAGAGUCUGCAAAUAGGCCUCCUGAUUCUGACUGCCUCUCCUCCACCACAAUCUCCACGGGCAGCUACAUCUCCACCGAUCCGGAGCAGAACAUAAGUACUGAUGAAUGCCCGCUGCUCAGACGGUGUGUAGAACCGGAGCAUGGAGCAGAUUCGCUCCAUGUGUUCUCUCCACCCGGUCAGAGCGUCUGCUUUAAGGACCGCUCCCCUGCAGACCGUCCUGCCCUUUCUGUAGGCUCUCUCUUUAAUGACAGCAGCAUCCAGCACAUCAUAGACAAAUACACACAGGAGCUGAACAUCUCCCUCAGCACUGCUGGCAGAACCACAGACAGUGAAGGCUCAUAUGUGGAGGAAUCUGGCUCUUCAGUCUCCCAGCUGUCUUUGCUUGGAGUCCCGGAGAGGAGAGGGGGGAGUGAGAGCUCCACCUCCCCUCAGUCUCUUCCCUCAGAUUGGGCAGCAGCACAGAGGAGGGGCCUGGAAUGCCACACUGCAGUCCCUCCAGUCCUGGAGCCGCUGUCAGGCGAGGAGCCGUCACCAGCUGAGGACCACGAGCAGGACUCCUUCAGACCUCUGAUUGGCCAGCUGACGGACCAGUCAUCCUGUCUUGCUGCUGACCACAUGGACUCGGCCAUGGAGCAGCUGGUAGGUCAACCAUCGGCUCACUCUUCCAUGAUUGGUCAGCUACCUGGUCCGAUCUCGACAAGCUUUGAUCACGGCGGCUGGGACUCCACUCUGAGCCGGAUGAUUGGGCGACUGUCCCAUCAGUCCAGCUCUCAUUGGCUGAGUGGUGGGCAGAACUUUUAUGCAGGUCAGCUGAUGGGCCGUGUGCCUUUGGAGCAGUCGGCCGCGUGGUCGGAGGAGGGUCUGGAGGGGAGCGGAAUGAGGCCGCUGGUCGGGGAACUGGACGAGUCAGCAGGCCGGCAGGGAGCCAGCUCAGAUGAACGAACCCACGCUGAUCUUGGUGUCUCAACUGAGGCCAGUGUGCCGCCGUCUUACCCAGUGUUUCCUCCUGAAGCCUGGCCCCACAGCGCCUCUCCCCCAGGUGUGAGUCCACUGCAGCAGACCCUGCUCAUACAGGCAGCAUCACCACCAGACCGGGGUCCAGAGAGGACUGAAGACUCAUUCCACCCGCUACUGGCGGAGGUCCCCCACAACGAGACAGCAGACCCCUCCAUGACCUUUCACCUACCUGACCACCAUGUGCCUAGCUGUAUUGAUGGACGGCCACACAGCAGGGGGGAGGAGUCUGAAGCCAGCUCUGAUCCUUCUGUUGAGUCUGAGCCGUCCCCUGAGCGCCUCCGAGCAGAGCAGCCGGCCAGCUGCAGGGCUGCCCCCCCCCUGCAUGGAUCCUUCUCUCAGCUCAUCACUUCCCAGUGCCACCCCCAUGAAUCUGAGGAGGAGCUGACUGCAUUAGCCAUUUGUGAUGAUUCACUUACUGUGGGCGAAGCAGAUAAAGGCAGAAACUCCAUUUCUGUUAGGGGUGGAGAUUCAGUCCCACUCAGUGACCUCUCUGAGGGGAUAUUGGAAGCUGCCAGAGAGAAGGGCAUCCUGGACCAGUCAGAAAUAACACUUGUGAGCCUGGCAGACACCACACUGCAGGACCACGACACCACUGAGGAGGACCCCCAUCCAGGGGGAGGGACAGAGGGGGGGGAGGAAGGCCAGCCCACAGAGGGGCCGCGGUCCACGUUGUCACUGAAUGACCCUCCAGAGGACAACAACCAAACACACCCAGACUCUCAGUGUGGUCCUGGCAGGGGGGGUGACGGAGGUCCAGCAGCAGAGGCUCAGAGCCCUGCAGCAGAGAUCCUCCCUCAGAGUGGAGGAGAUCAAGGCCAGAAGGGCUCUAGCCAAGGUGAAACCUGAGAUCCAAGGUCCAUCUGAAGCCAGAGAGAAGUCUAAAGGAAAAGCAUCUCCACCAGGCACCUGUGAGGCAAACAAGAAGUCCGAACCUCAACAAAAGCCUAAUGCCAAGGUGAAGGGGGGGCAGGCUGAGCUGCAUCCAACUACUGAGGAAUGUGAUAUCAUCACGCAGAAAAAGACCCUGCAUCCCCCUCCAGUGGGGGGUCCCAGGCUGGACCUGGAGGACGAGGUGAAGGACGUCACACCAGAGCAAAGGAAACGGGAAGCUUCUGUAAUGCACAGCAGAACUCAGAG